UGAUUGAAAAAAAGUUUAUAAUUCCUGACUCAAAUUUAGCUAUGCGUAUGUAGUUACAUUAUUGUCUUAAACAGUUUCAGUUCCAGUGUGGAAGGAAAUGGUAUGUGGAAUGGUGCUGUAUGUUGCUGGGUGUGGUUUUGGCUUGCUUAGACAAGAGCCUGAGGGACAGAGUAGCAUGGGAAAUAAACUGUACCUGCGCACAUAGGGCUGCACAUCAGGGCUGGAAACAUAGUUGUUCCGUAACAAUGUAUGCUCUGACUGCAGCUCUUUUGCAGAUACAGAGCUUCAUUCUCUUGUCAGUCCUGUAGUCUUCUAAAAACUGAGUUAAUCUGGAAGGAAUUAUGAUGGGUGGCUAAUUGGUGGAGGCACAGGAUUCUUUCAUUAAAUUAAAACAAACAAACAAGGCACAAGGUAGAUUGACAGGAUAAAGGAAAAAAAAAAAAUCCGAACUUGAGUUCAGUUACAGUGUUAUCCCACACUGGCGAGUCAAUAACCGGUUAUGACAGUGAUGUACCUAGGGUCCCCUAAAGAAAAAUGAUGUGGCUUGUUUGUUGAACACAUACCUGUCUCCCAGUCCUAGCAGGUGUUCUACCUCUUGGCUACGGGCUAAUGAGGCCUGAAGCUGGUGUGGCAAGGAUGGCGUGGAAUACAGCGUUGGUGUGGCUGUGCACGGGGGCAGCAGAAGCAGAAUGCUCUGUCUGAAGGCCGAGUCCUGAGAAGACAAGGCUGGCUGUAUGUGUCUCUCUUGGUAGUGGAUCAAGUGUUUUUAAUCUUACAGCGUCUUUGAAAGUUGUAAGCAAAACUGGUUUGAUUUUGGGGGUUUUUUGUGUGGUUUUACUAUGAUUGAUAGAAGGGUCAAAUAGCAAGAUAGCCUAAAGUGUCAAGGUAGUCCUGUAAAAAUUGGGAAUUCUGAAGGUAGCUGUUCUAUUUUGUUGCACCCAUACAACUAGGCAGCUAUAUAUGUGUGUGUGUGUAUAUAUACCUAUCUAUGAUAUAUAUAGGUAUAUAGAUGCUACAUAUAUUUUAUUACACAGACUGAUUGUUCCAUGCUGUAUUUCUAAGUUUAAGCAAAAGUUUAAAAUGUUUGUCUUGCUACUGAUUUGCUCACUGUUUUGUAAAUCUUGUCUACCUUUAUGAAUGUUUUAAUAGAGACCUUUUUUAUGGUGUUACACUACUUAAGGCUAAGCGCAUUUCCCAAAAUUACAGGUAUAGAAAGAUUAAAUUUGACAGUAUGAAGCUAACCAAUGUGUGUCCUCUGUCUAAUCUGGAGACAAAUCCAUCACAAGUUUCUUUUACAUAAAUGCUGAAUUUCUGUGUUUAAAAUGAAGCUAUGAAAAUUAUUUUGUUUCUGCCUUGAUGGUAACUAUUUAACUAAAUUCUAGCUGAUUGUUAUAUUUAGACAUUGAAGUACGAAAUGCCAAUAAAUGGAAAUACUGCUUUAAUAAAUUGUAACAGAAUUCAGGAAGUAAACAAAGUACAUUCCUGAUCACUUUUGCAGGUAUUCUGGUUGUGUUCAGUACAAUUUUGAAAUUUCUAGCCCUUAAUGCCAAGUUUUGUUGCCAUCAUAGCUGUGGUGUGGGUAGAAAAGCCAAACCAGAAAUGAGCAGAUCUAACUGUAAGCUACUUUGCAUGUUGUCAAUGCACUAUAAAUUGCAGCAGUCAUUGACUCAGCGGAACAAGCUACAUAAUUCAGGUAAGAGACUUGUGUACUGCGCUAUCUAGCCACAGAUCUUCGCUGAAUAUCAAUGUUGUUGUAAAUCACUUCUACCAGCUAUGCGGUAACAGUGCUUCUGUAGCUUUUUAAGGAAUUGUGUUUAAUAUGAGCUCAUAUUUAAUAUGGUGUAAGAAAAAUGGAACACUAACUUCUUCUAAUAUCAUUCAGAUGUCUUCAGGUAUUAUUCAUCAGUCUUAAAAUAGCACGUCUUGUUUCCUUGGAUUUUGCUUUCAUCUGAAGACUGGUUAAAUGCAGAACCUGAUGGAUGGCAAAAGCUACUGUAACCUCAUGGACAAGUUGUCCGUUUGCACUGAGGCUCAGCACAUACAGCUGGCUCGGCCCUUUGGUGCUGACCCAGUGGUCACAUUUCAUGUGUACCCAGAGACGCCAAAUCAGGUCACUUGCUCUGAAGAUCUGUCGUUCCUGCCUUUCACAUCUGAGCAUCUCAUCGCGGAGAACUUCUACAGUGAGCCCUGCACCUUGCCCUACCAAAUGCUCCAUUCCACUUACCGCAGAAGUGAGUACUCCUACGGGCCAGCUUUCAUCCGAAAGAGGAAUGAGAGGGAGAGACAGAGGGUUAAAUGCGUCAAUGAAGGCUAUGCUAAGCUGAGGCAUCACCUACCUAAGGAAUACUUGGAGAAGCGGCUCAGCAAAGUAGAAACACUCCGUGCUGCGAUAAAAUACAUUAGCUACCUACAGUCUGUUCUGUACAGUGAUUCUGGGGCGGCAGAAAAAAAUGUCAUGGAGCCAAGCCAAGCACCUAAAGUGAUUAACAAACAAAACCAGUUUUUGAAGACCAUCUAAAAUGUUCCAAACCAAGCAAAAGGUAUCCUGCCUGGGAACCUAGUAGCCACUACGUUAUUAAUGACGUGCAGGUUCCUGGCACAUCCUUGGAGCAGAUCAUAGUAUGCGUCAGUCUCAGCCCACACAAGAGUUGUAAAUUUGCAGAUAGUAACUACGUUUAGAAACGAAAAAGGCAACUGGAGAAAUCGCAUCUGAAUGGCCUAAGUUAGUUCAUUCAUGGAAACUAGAAAACACUUCUAAAAUUGUCACCAAACCCAAAGUAAUACCUGUUUGUGUGAAGUAACUGUAUGUAUCAUUGCAACCUGCAUGCUUUAAAAUAAAAUCUUUCCACUGAUGAGA